GAAUGUCAAGUAGACGGCACAGCAGCCUCUGAGGAAAAUGUGAGAAAGACAAAAAAGAGAAAUAACAAAGAUAUUGACUUUGCGGUCACAGGUUCUGGAAAAAUUUCUGAAGAAGUGUUGACACAGCAUAAGGUUACUGAGUCAAAUGCAAAUUCAAAGAAGGACAAAAACAAAAUUACAGCCAAUACUCUUGUUCAAAGCGAACAUGAAUUAUUAGCCUUGAAGAAAGUUACUAAUGAUGCAGUUCGUGAAAUAACAGUGAAUGAACCCACUAAGAAACAGAAGGAGAAGAAAAAAAAGAAAAGCAAGCCAACUUUUGAAGUACUUGAUGGUAAUGAAAAACAAUCAGAAGUAAUGCCCAAGGUAACUGAAGAGAAAAGAAAAGAUUUAAAUGAAAGUAAAGAUGAUUAUGUGGCACUUGUUGAAUCUAAAGAGAAAAAGGAGGAAAAAAAGCUGAAGAAGGAUGGUCUUCUUGAAGAUGGUGAGGAGGGCAGCUUGAAAAAUAAACGUAAAGUGGAUGCUGAUAAAGUUGUUAGUAGCAUUCUAUUAGAAGGGAAUAGAGUACAAGAUAAAAAGAAGAGGAAAAAGAAAGAAGCUACGGUGGAAUUAUAUGUUUCUGAUGCAGGGGUACCUGACAGAAAAAAUAUAAUAACUAACAAAUCUAAGAAGAAAUCGUUCGAGACUGUGGAAGAUGGUGCUAAUGAAUAUAAGAUGGCUUCCAAGAAAAGGAAAAGAUUGGCUCAUGAUGAAGAUGGAAAACAGGCUGUUGAGGAAGUAGCAGUUGAAGAAACGAAGCGCAGAAAAACUGAUGGGCAGGAAGAAGCCAAGGAUGUUGAGCUGCAAGGGAAUGGUAGUCUCAACAAUACUGGAGUGGAGAAAUCCAGUGAGCCAAAAUCCACAAGAAAACAAAGCAAUAAUUUUGCCGAGCCCAAAACGGUGAAUGCAUUUCAAAGGGUUAAAGUUGAUGAGGUGAAGUUUGUUGAUGAGAGGCUUCAAGAUAAUUCAUACUGGGCAAAGGAUGGAGCAGAAACUGGCUAUGGGGCAAAAGCACAAGGAGUUUUGGGCCAGGUCAGAGGAAGGGACUUCCGACAUGAAAAAACUAAGAAGAAGCGAGGUAGCUAUAGAGGAGGACAGAUUGAUCUUCAAUCUCACUCGAUUAAGUUCAAUUAUUCCGACGAGGAAUGACUGGAGAACGGUUUAGGUUCAAUUUUUCCGACGAGGCAUGACUGGAGAAAAUGACCAGUUUCAGUUACAUGAACAUCUUUACCCACUGCAUGCUUUUUGCUAUUAUUGUGUUUCAAUUCAUUCAUCGUGGAGGAUCAAUAUGGUCGUCAUUGUGUUAGCGUGCCAUAUUCGAAUUUUGAGUUCAUUUAAAAUGCAUAUUGUUGUACUCUUUUGUUUAAAAAAAUUUUGGGCUGCUGUUUUCUUCCUAAUUUUUCUUUCUUUUUCCCCUUUUCACUGACUUUGAACAAUGUCGGAAUUUUUAUCUUCACUUUUAAGAUCACUUGUGCUUUAGUA